GAGCGGGGGCCGGAGCGAGGGAGAGAGGGGCGGGGAUGGGAACGCGGCUCCGCGCUCACAUUGUCAAGGUGAACCGUACGGAGCGACCGCGUGUGCGCGCGAAGGCUGCGACUGAAGGAGGCUGCUCCAGAACGGGGAGCGCGAGGGCAGAAAAACAGGAAGUGCAAAAGUAACGUUCGAGCAGAUAGCGCUGUAACGUUCGCCGGAGUGUUGCUUCUGGAGCCUCCGGGGAAGUGAAGCGUCAGUUGUAGCGCUGCAGGUAACACGAGCGCUCCCGGCAGCGCGUAUCCCGGCCUGAGCGCAGCGCUGCGAGGAGGGCGGUGGGAACGGAGCGUGGACAGGGCUCCGUGUGGCUCCAUGUGGCCGCCCGGCCCUCACCUGGCGGCUCCGAGCAGCCUGCUGGGGGCUGCCCGCCUUCCGGAGUGCGACUCGAAGGGGCCCUCGCCAGUUGCUCCAGUUCAUCUUGUCAAUGAAGACUCAACUGACAAGACUAAUUUGGGCUUUAUUCAUGCAUUUGUGGCUGCUAUAUCAGUCAUCAUUGUAUCAGAACUUGGAGAUAAGACCUUCUUCAUUGCAGCCAUCAUGGCAAUGCGAUACAACCGUUUGACUGUACUGGCUGGUGCUAUGCUUGCCUUAGGACUGAUGACGUGCUUAUCAGUUUUGUUUGGCUAUGCCACAACAGUUAUUCCUCGUGUGUAUACAUACUAUGUGUCGACUGCACUGUUUGCCAUUUUUGGCAUUAGAAUGCUUCGAGAAGGAUUGAAAAUGAGUCCAGAUGAGGGCCAGGAAGAGCUGGAGGAAGUUCAGGCAGAAAUUAAAAAAAAAGAUGAGGAACUUCAGAGAACUAAACUGUUAAAUGGGCCAGGGGAUGUGGAAACGGGAUCAACUGCCACUAUACCUCAGAAGAAAUGGCUCCAUUUUAUUUCUCCCAUCUUUGUACAAGCGUUCACUUUAACAUUUUUGGCAGAGUGGGGUGAUCGUUCCCAGUUAACAACCAUCGUUCUGGCAGCCAGAGAGGAUCCUUAUGGUGUGGCAGUAGGAGGAACGGUGGGACAUUGUCUAUGCACUGGUUUAGCAGUUAUUGGAGGGAGAAUGAUAGCACAAAAAAUUUCUGUUAGGACUGUGACAAUCAUAGGAGGCAUUGUCUUCUUAGCUUUUGCAUUUUCUGCACUAUUUAUAAGUCCAGACUCUGGUUUUUAAAUAUUUUUCAUCACUACGAAAGGACAAGGAUUGGAAGCAUCUAGCAGCUAUCCUUGUGUGGUUUUGUAUAUAAAUGUACAGAAUUACAGUUUAAACAAGCACCGAAGAUGAGACACUGAACUUUUUAUAGCAAACGAUUGGUGGGAUUGAGACAUUUAUAGACAGCUUCUGCGGUGGAGAUCUGUUUGCUGUCUGGUUUGUAUGUUCUGUGGCACCUGCUACUGUGGUAGGAUUUGCGUGAUUUUCCUGUUUGCUGAACCUGGCUCAGCUGAGUUUUGAGAAUCUAUGUCCAGAAAUGUUGGAACUUUCUUUUUUUUUUUCCCCACUGUUACCCAUGGCUCCCUUUCCUGUUGCUUCAAGAGCUAAUUCUUACACCUUCUCUGAAGCAGACCAGAGUGUUUUGUUUCAUAAUGUUGAACAAAAUAUUAAAGAGAUAACAGUUGACUCCCAUUUCCAAAGACUUUGGUUCCAGGACGUUCCUGAGGCUGGAUAAUGUAAGCAACAAAAAGCUGGGGAGCCGUUCCUAUACCAUUUAGUUGCUGAGCCACCAACAGAAAAUAUUAUGAAUUUCAUGUAGAGGGCAAACUUCUUAAUCAGGGAUUUUUAUCAGGAAAUUGUGUGCUGAUUAACAGCCUACCAAGUUCAAUGUGCAAUCUGGAGCUACUAGUAUUUGAUUUUUUUUUUCUUUUUUUUUUUUUUUUCUUUUUUGACUUUCUAAACUUUAUAAAGUACGUGGAAAGUAAUAAAGUGGUCCAACUUAACGGUGUUUCAUUCCCAGGACUGAACAAUAAUGGAAUCUUUAGAUUUAGAUAUGUUCAUAUUUUUCUUUUUAGGAAUAGAAAUGUAAUCUGGAAGAGUAUUAAUAAAACAUAGUGUCUCAAUUUGA